GAGCAGUCACGUGACUUCACCUAACCAGGAAGAUAAGUUGAGCUGAGGAUUGAGGAAGAAGAUAUUAAACAUGUCUCUGUGAGCGUGUGAGAGCACACAGAAGAGAGAACAAGGAGAACAUCCGAGGAAGAGGCUGCAGCUCACACAACAGGCAGAACAAAAACUUUCACAGUAUUUGACCUGUUACAGAAUCAAAAAGAUUUGCAGGGACUUACAGUGAUGGGGUCCUCAGCAGUGUCGGGGCUCUUCCUCCUGCUCCUGGUCUCCGUGUCCUACGGUCUGGAUAAUGGGCUGGCGAGGACUCCUCCGAUGGGCUGGAUGGCGUGGGAGCGAUUCCGCUGUGACACAGACUGCAGACACGACCCGCAGAACUGCAUCAGUGAGGCGCUAUUCAGAGACAUGGCCGACCGUCUGUCUGAGGACGGAUGGAGGGAGCUGGGAUACGAGUACCUGAUCAUCGACGACUGCUGGAUGUCGAAGCGGAGGGACGAGGAGGGGAGGCUGCAGUCUGACCCGUCCAGGUUCCCCGGAGGCAUUGCCAAACUGGCGAGGUACGUCCAUGACCGCGGGCUGAAGCUGGGGAUCUAUGCCGACAUGGGCUCGCACACCUGCAUGGGAUUCCCGGGAACACCUCUGCAUAAGAUCCGGAUCGACGCUCAGACCUUUGCCAGCUGGGGGGUCGACUACCUGAAGUUCGACGGCUGUUACUCCAACCCUGUGGAGCAGAUGUUCGGUUACCCCAUGAUGUCUGCAGCUCUGAAUGCUACAGGUAGACCCAUGGUUUACUCCUGCAGCUGGCCUGCUUACCUGGGAGGACUCCCGCCUAAUGUGAACUACUCUCUGCUGGGGGAAAUCUGUCACCUGUGGAGGAACUACGAUGACAUCGAGGACUCGUGGGACAGCGUGCAGGACAUUAUCCAGUGGUUCUCUGAUAACCAGGACGACCUGCAGCCGGCUGCUGGACCUGGACGAUGGAAUGACCCGGACAUGCUGAUCAUCGGUAACUUUGGUCUCAGUGUGGACCAGGCUCGCUCUCAGAUGGCUCUGUGGGCCGUCAUGGCGUCUCCUCUCAUCAUGUCCAACGACCUCAGGAACCUGGACCCCAACAUGAGGGCGGUCCUGCAGAACAAGGUGGCCAUCGGCAUCAAUCAGGACCCAAUGGGCUUCCAGGGGCGCCGCCUGCUGCAGAAGAAGAGUGGGAUCGACGUGUACUGGAGGCCACUCUCUAACUCUUGCAGUGCUCUGGUGUUCCUGAGUCGGAGGACAGACAUGCCUUACCUGUACCACAGCUAUCUGUCCAAACUCAAUUAUGAAGCUGGAAGCUAUCAGGUCUACGAUGUGUUCUCGGGCUCCACCCUGACCGGUCUGAACUCCACCUCAAAGUUCACCGUCUCCAUCAACCCUUCAGGUGUGGUCAUGUGGUACGUCUCACCUGAAGAGCCGUCCACACAAACCAGGUCAGACCCGGCCCCCCACAGAGACCCGGAGUUCAGAGUGCACAGAUCUUCUAUUGGACGUCUCACUGUGUUAUAAACUGACUGACUGAAAACAGACCGUGUGUUUAUCAUUUUAAUCACUGACUGAAGACGAGCGCACUGCUGUGUGUUCUCCAGAAACAAAACCUCACUGAUGUCUUUUAUAAACUGUAAUUAAUUAUUCAUUUCUAAUAAAUAAA